AUGAGAAUCCGCUGUCAGAAGCUGGUGGCGGGCAGCGUGGUGGUGGCCUUCGAGGAGGUGUGUCCCGAUCGAAUCGACCUGAUCCACAAGAACUACCGGAAGCUGUGCAACCUGCUGGUGGACGUGGAGGAGUGGGGCCAGGUGGUCAUCAUCUCCAUGCUGACGCGCUACGCCAGGACGCAGUUCACCAGCCCCUGGAAGGAGGGCGCCUCGUUCGAGGAGAACAACGAGAAGGCGUUCUACGCCUCCGACUCGGAGGAGAAGAGCGAGCGGACGGAGGCGGAGGCCUACGUCAUGGAUCCCGACCACCGGCUGCUGCUCCGGAACACAAAGCCUCUGCUGCAGAGCAGGAACACGGCCGUGGUGAUGUCCGUCGCUCAGCUCUACUGGCAUUUGGCCCCGAGGCACGAAGUCAACCUGGUCACCAAGUCGCUGGUCCGACUGCUCCGGAGCCACAGGGAGGUGCAGUACAUCGUGCUCCAGAACAUCGCCACCAUGUCCAUUCAGAGGAAGGGGAUGUUUGAGCCCUACAUGAAGAGCUUCUACGUGAGGUCUACGGACGCCACACACAUCAAGACACUGAAACUGGAGAUCCUGACCAACCUGGGCAAUGAAGCCCACAUCUCCACUAUCCUGAGAGGAACCUACGUGAAGAGCCAGGACAAGGCGUUCGCCGCGGCCACCAUUCAGGCCAUCGGCCGCUGCGCCACCAACAUCUCCGAGGUGACGGACACUUGUCUCAACGGCCUGGUGCUGCUGCUGUCCAACAGAGACGAGACGGUGGUGGCCGAGAGCGUGGUGGUGAUCAAGAAGCUGCUGCAGACUCAGCCCACCCAGCACAGCGAGAUCAUCAAGCACAUGGCCAAGCUGUUUGACAACAUCACCGUGUCCAUGGCCCGGGCCAGCAUCCUGUGGCUGAUGGGCGAGUACUGCGACAGGGUGCCAAAAAUUGCACCCGACGUACUGCGCAAGAUGGCAAAGUCCUUCACGGCAGAGGAGGACAUCGUCAAGCUGCAGACGGUCAACCUGGCGGCCAAACUCUACCUGACCAACUCCAAGCAGACUAAGCUGCUGACCCAGUACAUCCUGAACCUCGGCAAAUACGACCAGAGCUACGACAUCAGAGACCGAACCCGCUUCAUCCGGCAGCUCAUCGUGCCCAACGAGAAGAGCGGCGCCCUCAACAAGUACGCUCGGCGCAUCCUGCUGGCCCCCAAGCCGGCCCCGGUGCUCGAGUCCGCCUUCAAAGAUCGGGACCGUUACCAGCUGGGAACUCUCUCCCACAGCCUCAACAGCAAAGCCAGCGGGUACCAGGAGCUCUCCGACUGGCCGGCCGUCGCGCCCGACCAGUCUGUGAGGAACGUGGAGGUCGUUGAGCCCGUGCAAGAGUGGGCGCCGUCGGUCGGGAAGACCAAGAAACCCAAAUCCGAUGACAAGUUCUACUCGGACAACGAAGAGGAGAAAGCUGAGGAAGAAUCUGAGAGCAGUGAAGGAAGCAGCAGCAGCAGCAGCAGUGGAGAGUCGAGCAGCGAGAGCGAGGAGCAAAGCAGCGAGGAGUCGGACAAGACGUCCAGCGACUCGGGGAAGAGCUCCAGUGGAUCUGAGGAGACCUCCAGUGGAUCAGACUCCCAACAGAAGAAGAAGAAGAAGACCAAGAAGGCGCCGCAGAAGAAAAGCAAGACGGCCGCUGCUUCCAGUGACUCGGAUGAAAACGGAAACGGACCCGUAGUUAAAGACAGCAGCUCGUCAGAUGAAAGCUCCUCCGGCUCCGAGGACGACUCCGACUCGGACGCCGCCGCCGCCCCCACGACGCAGCAGCAGAAGAAGAGCGACAGGAAGCCCGGCCCUAAGGUGAAGUCCGAGGUGGAGGUCUCCUUACUGGAUCUAGUUGACUUUUCUCCUGCACCCACAAACGCACCAAAGGGCCCGGUCGUCUCCCCGUCCCUUCUGUCCGACCUGGAGGGCCUGUCCCUGUCCAACACCUCCUCCACCAUGCAGGUAGGUGCGCGUGUGUGUGUGUGUGUGUGUGUGGUUCCUUUCCCCCUACGUGGGCCUACGAGAUGCUGAAAUGAGCCUCCCUCC